CAGGCUGACAAACUUAGUCUUUAUUUUACAUGUAACACUGAGACUUUACAGGUUUCUAAGCAGGAUAGUGACCGGUUCAGAGCCAAAGUUUCCUUUUUAAAAAAAUGUUAUUUGUUUAUUUUUGACUGUGCUGGGUCUUCAUAGCUGCUUGGGCUUUUCUGUAGCUGUGGUGAUCAGGGUCUACUCUUCAUUGUCGUAUGCAGGCUUCUCAUUGCAGUGGCUUCUCUUGUCGCAGAACACGGGUUCUAGGGCGCUCAGCUUUCAGUAUUUGCAGCACGUGGGCUCAGGAGUUGCAGUUCUGGAACUCUAGAGCACAGGCUCCAUAGAUACGGCACACGGAUUUCAUUGCUCCCUGGCACGUGGGGUCUUCCUGGAUCAGGGAUCAAACCCACGUCUCCUGCAUUGGCAGGUGGAUUCUUCACUACUGAGCCGCCAGGGAAGCCCUCAGAGCCAGCAUUAUUUUAUGGGGAAUGUUUUGACUCUUUGUGCAGGACAAUCUGGGGAAGGUGAGGGGAGAUGGGAGCAAAUUAACCACUUAAGAAGCUUCUCCAAUACUUCCCAGGAAAAGUUGAGGUCCCCCACUGGGAUGAUGGCUUGGGGAAUGAAAAAAGCGAUGAGCGUGUGGGACACUGGGAAGAAUGAACUCACAGAACUGUGUCCAGCUGGAUGUGAAAAGCCAAGUGAAGGGGCAGAGGCAAAGACAAUUCUGGACUGGAUCGCCAGUUAGAACUGGACAGCCAGGAGCAUGGUGCUGCUGUUUGCUCUGUAUAGCAGAAGAGCUGAGAGUGGCAGAAAUAAAGCGCAGGGGAGCCUGGCUUUAGGGGGAAAAUAUAUUUGCUUUUUGAUAUGCUAAGUUUAAGGUGCAGUGGGAUAUUCAGGUGAGGAAUGAUAUUCAAGAGACACUUGAAAAUGUGAUCUUAGAACUCAGACCGAUAAUUAUUUAGAAGGCGUCUGCAUAGAGAGAAUAGCUAAAGGUAUACAGCUGGAUUGGCUGUCUGAGACAGAGAGAAGAGACUCGCGAAGUCCCCCUUGAGUAGUACUUCUCCCAGCUAGAAGAGCGAAAGAGACGUGUGUGGAGGAAGAUGACGGGGAGGCGGGAGGGAUGAAGAACAUUACCACCAAAACCAAGAACAGAGUGACUGAAGUGUUCAGAGGAAUUGUGAGUCACAGCGAAGUCACAGAGAGAAUUGAGAAGGGACCGCCGGCGUUGGCCAUUAGGAAGUCAUCGCUGACUGAUGAGAGAACAAUGUGUGGAAGAGAAAACUAGAUUGCAGAUGCAAAGGAAAGGAGAAGUGAUGUGGGGGAAGGAGGCGGUCGACUUGAGCGUACACUGUUCUGGAAGUUCAGGAAUGUAAGGACAGCGAUGUGAUGGGGAGCAAGGUGGGAGCAGUAUCGUUCUUCCCAAGGCUUCUUGUGGAAGUCAGACCAAAAGCAGGAAGAUACUGCAGCAAGAUGGAUUUGGGAAAGGACCAAUCUCUUUCAAAGCUCCAUCAGACACCUGAUCCUCGUCAAGGAGAGACCCAGGUUCCAGAAGUCAUUGGAACCUGGAGUUUGCGAAACAGAGAGCAACUCAGAAAAAGAAAAGCUGAAGCACAAGAAAAGCAAACGUCACAAUGGCAAAUUCGAGAAAAAAAACACAAGUGGCAACGAACAGGGAAAAGAAGUGAAAGAGGCAGAAAGAGACAACAAAACACAGAAAUGAAGGUGGAGCUUCCCUCACAAUUAGAAAAGGAAGCGAUGGAGAAAGCGCCAGCACCUGGAGAGACAGAAAUCGAGCCACCUGCGCCUGUGACCGAAGCUCUCCUUCCGGCAGUGUCCCCACAAGGAGUUGCGCCUGAGAAACUUGUUUCGGAAGUAGGUCAACAAAGUGUUACUCUUCAGGAAAAUUCUUCUGAGUACCAAGCAACAGCGGUACAAAACCACUCUUCUGAAAUAUGCCAAGAUAGGGCUGAAUCUGAAGACCUCUCUCCUAAAAUGUGCCAAGAAAUAGCUAUAUUUCAAGACCAGCCUUUCAAAAUGUUCCGUGAUGUGGCUCAGCCUGAAGACAUCUCUCCUAAAACAUGCCAAGAAGCCAUCGCAGCCAAAGUCCUUUCUCCUAAAACAUCUGAAGAUACAGCUGACCUUGAGGGAUGCUCUCUUGAAACAUACCAGAAAAGACCUGAGCCCGAGGAACCUGAUUCUGAACCAGGUCAAGGAAUAGUUGAGACUGAAAGCUUUGUUUCUAACACACAGCAAGAAAUGGCUGAGCCUAAAGAGCUUUCUACAGAAAUACACCAGGAAACAGUUGAACCUGAACACUUUUCUCGUAAAAUAUAUGAAGAAAUUGCUGGGUCUAAAGCCCCUUCUCAUAAAACAGCCCAAGAAACAUCUGUUCCUGAAAAAUAUCCCCCAGCAAUGUACCAAGAAACACCUGGAUCUGAAGAAUAUUCACUUGAAAUAUACCAAGAAACCCCAGGACCUGAAGAUGGUGCACCUGAAAUAUACCAAGAAACAGCUGGACCUGAAGAUGGUGCACCUGAAAUAUACCAAGAAACCCCAGGACCUGAAGAUGGUGCACCUGAAAUAUACCAAGAAACAGCUGGACCUGAAGACCUCUCUACUAAGACAAAUAAAGACAAAGAUGUUCCUAAAGAAUGCUUUUCCAGACUGUACCAGGCAAUAGGUGGACCCCAAGACCAGGAUCCUAAAGCACAGCAGGAAGAUGCUAAGGAUGUUUAUACUUUUCCUCAAGAAAUGAAGGAAAAUCCCAAAGCAGAAGAACCAGAGAUAAUAGAAAUUCCAAAUGUGCUUCAAGAGAGUAACCCAGAAAAUGACACCUAUAGUUAUGUUUUGUUUUAACAAUGUUCAACCAUCAUAGUCAUCCAACAAAAUACACAUCUUAGUACAUCAUAUGUGUGAUUUUCUCAAAAUAUGGUAGAAAUCUCUAUAAUAUUCAUUAAUAUUUUAACAAUAUCCCCCCACCUAUAGAUAUAUAGUCUAUAGGCAUAUAGACUAUAUCUGAGAGAGAGAAUUAGUGUUUUUUCUCAGGCUCUACCACAUAGACAAUAUUCUGCUAGUGUGUAUGUGUGUGCACGUGUGUGUGCACAUAUGUGUAUGUAUGUGUAAUCUGGGGAGAGGACAGUUGUGGGAACAGACUUAAUAGCUUUACUCCCCUUAAGAAUUAAUCAAAAAAAAAGAAUUAAUCAAAUGUUUGCUCUUGGGGGAAAUUAUCAACCCCUCCUUUUUUUCCAUUUUUAAGGCUGAACAAUUAAAAUUUGGGGAAGUAUAUACUUUUCUUGUAAACUUUGAUCAAUUAUUAAUGUAACAAUAGUAUCAACAUUUUAUGCAGGCUUCAGUUGGCUUUUAGUAAUUUAAUAAUUUUAACAAUUCUUAUUAUUCUAGGACUUCUUUAAAGAUAUUUUCGAGUGAUGUUUGCACUUGCAUAUUGUGAUUUUGAUUUUCUAUUUUUACUUUUAAAAUAUUGUAAUUGUGCAAAAUGUAAAUUAAAUCAUUAGUACAU